AUGACAGACGUAAUCAAAGACACGGAGGAAAGCAAUGACACCAAAGAACUGAAUGGGGUGUUGGAUAAUAUAAAACAUCCAUUGGAGGACAAGUGGUGUAUUUGGUUAUGCACUUACAAUAAGAAAAAUUGGGAAGGUGACCUUGUGAAUCUGACCAGCUUCGACACCGUAGAAGAUUGGUGGUGCCUGUAUCAUCACAUGAAGCCGCCUUCUGAGUUGGAUUUUGAUCAAGAUUACGCGAUAUUUAAGAAUGGCAUCAGUCCGACUUGGGAAGACGAGGCUAAUAAAAACGGGGGCAGAUGGAUUUUUAGUUUCGGGAGACAUCGUUCAGAACUUGACUCCAAGUGGCUACUCACGGUUUUAAUUUUAAUAGGAGCGACGCUCACGGAGAAGGAAGCAGUAUGUGGCGCAGUAGUAAAUAUACGUAGAGAUAAAAUUAAAAUUGGUAUGAUAUUUUAA